CGACAACCGUUCGGUGCAUCAUGGACCCCGUCGCGAUUUCAGCUCUGUGCUUGGAUGAAAUCCAAACGUGGAACUCCCAAGAAGAAGCCGCCGACCUUAUGGUGCCGUUGAUCGGCAACCUGUACCGCCGUAAGAAUAUUGUCACGACGAUUUUUGGCAAAGGCCUUGUCCACCAAAACAGCAUCGACAUCAUUAAGCUCCACUCGUAUGUGUGCAAGCACGUCGGCAAGGAAAUGAUGCCCACUGAUACCCUCCCGGUGCUCCAAGUCAUCACAGAGCUCGACUCGUUGGGCGCGACUCGACUGGAUUUGGGACGCACGUACUUGCUUGUGUGUGGUGGUGCCAACACCAAGGCCCCCACCAAGGAUGACGUUGCGCGUGUGUUGAAGCAAUUGAUCAUUCAAACGUCGCCUCGUGCUCUGGCGUUGACCAAGCCCCGCGACAUUGUGUUGUACGGUUUUGGUCGCAUUGGUCGUCUCCUGGCGAGACUUCUCAUCGAAAAGUCCGGGUCCGGUGCGAAGCUCAUGUUGCGUGCUAUUGUCGUCCGCAAGGGAUCGAAGGAAGAUUUGAAAAAGCGAGCCAGCUUGCUUCGCCGCGACUCUGUCCACGGCUCGUUCCAAGGCACGAUCUCAUUCAACGAAGAAGCGAACGCGUUCAUUGCAAACGGCAACGUGAUCCAAGUCAUUUACUCGGACGGCCCGGACAAAUGCGACUACACGUCGUACGGGAUUGAGGAUGCCGUCGUGAUUGACAACACAGGUAUUUGGCGCGACGCCGAGAGCUUGGGACGCCAUCUUCGGAGCCCUGGUGUGUCCAAAGUGGUGCUGACCGCCCCGCCCAAGGGCAACUCGGUCCCCACGAUUGUCGCCGGUGUCAACGACCACGUGAUCAACAGCGAAAACAAGAUCUAUUCAUGCGCGUCGUGCACUACCAACGCGAUCGCGCCGCUCUUGUUCGCGCUGGACAACAAGUACGGCAUUGACGAAGGCCACAUCGAGACUGUGCACUCGUUCACGAACGACCAAAACUUGAUCGACAACUACCACAUGAAGGAACGCCGUGGUCGCAGUGCUGUCAUGAACAUGGUGAUCACCGAAACGGGCGCUGCUGCCGCCGUCGAAAUCGUGAUGCCAACGAUGAAGAACAAACUGACGGCCAACUCGAUCCGCGUGCCAACGCCCAACGUGAGUUUGGCCAUCAUGACGCUGCACUUGAACCCGGAAAAGGCCGGCGCGUUCACCGCGGCCGACAUCAACGCGUACGCGGCCAAGUUGAGCUUGAACUCGCCUCUGCAGCACCAAAUCGACUUUAUCAACUCGAACGAAGCGGCAUCGUCCGACUUUGUCGGGUACCGCGCCGCCGGUAUCGUGGACGGCCAAGCCACCAUUGUCCGUGGCAACAAGGUCAUCUUGUACGUCUGGUACGACAACGAGUUCGGGUACUCGUGCCAGGUCAUGCGUGUCGUUCAAAAGAUCUGCGGCAUCUCGUUGCCCAAGUUCCCCGACCAGUCUCACGUCGACCUCAUCGACAGCGUCUUGAAUUAAUAUAGGUUAGUUUAGCUUUCUGCA